AUGUUAGCAGAACAAGUAUCAAAAAUAACAAGUAUAAUCAAAAUGUUAGACAUUCUAGAAAAGAAAGUUAAUGAACCAGAAAAAAUUGUUAAAAGGGAAAAGGAAAAAUGUAAACUAGAUCGUCAACAGUCCAUUAACCCAGUAGGAACAGCAAUAACAUAG